AUGACCCAGCUCACAGAAGACGCAAAGCAAUACCGGAACCCAGAUGACCGAAUGAUCGACGAUGUUAGCCGGGUGGUCAUCCAAUUGACCAAUUUUUGCGCAGCCCUUAAAGAUGGCAGUAUCACCCAGCCCAGCGAGAUUAUCCGCCGUACUCUGAACCUUGACGCGGACCUCAUGUCAAUACUCCUUACUGCGCCUCCCUCGUGGGGAUAUGAGACAGUCAAGGUUCCGCUGGUAGACGGAGAGCCCAUCACCCGCACCGUUUGGGGCGAUAGUUACCAUGUGUAUCGCAAUCUUUCUGUAAGCGGCGUUUGGAACAAUGCUCGAUCUGCACGCCUCUUAAUGCAUGAAAUGCUUCUCGAAGCUGUGAAAUCACUUGAAAACUCAUCACCGAGGAGCAGCGGCCUCCAUCAGCAGCAAAUUAUUGCAAGUCAAAGCCGACAGAUUGCGCAUCAGCUUGUGGAUGAUAUUUGCGCCAGUGUGCCUUUCCAUCUGGGCAUGGGUAUCGAGGAUACCUAUGAUUGGAGGUCUUCCAGCCAAAAUGCUGGGGGUGAAUCCUAUCCUGUCGAGUCAGGAUUGGGAAAUUUGGAGGGCUCAUUUCCCGCCACACCUUUGCCAUGGAUGGAAAUGCCUGCAUUCUCAUCCGCCGAGGGGAACCCACCUUCGAGAAAAGAUGCAGCACACCUUGGGUCCUUCAUCCCCAACACAAACGUGAUGAAUUCGGAACCCCCUUAUGCUGCACCUCUACCUCCUAGUUUUGAGGUAUCAGGGGCAGGAGGUGUCACUCUGGUGUGGCCUCUGUUAAUUGCUGCGAAUUCUGGAUUUGCGUCUCCUGAGCUGCGGAAAUGGAUUAUCGGUUGUCUUGAGAAAAUUGGACAUUCCAUGGGAAUCAAUCAAGCUUUGGCUAUGGCACAAUUAUUGCGAGAUGGGAUGGACUCUCGGGCCUGGAUAUCGCCAGACAGCUCUCCCAUUCAUCACACUAUGUGA